AUGAAGAUACAGUUGACUGAAGGACUUCGCGUCUUUUGGAGCAUUCUGGAGCAUAUGGGACAUAAGGAGCAUGGAGGGACUUGGCACAUGGAAGCAGCUCAACUGGAUACGCAAAGGAAGAAGGGAGAAGCCAUCUUGAAGACCAGCUCGACCGUCUACUCGACCAACCGGUCGAGUUCCUCAACUCGACCGGCCAAGCUUCAACUCGAUCGAGCUGAGAAGUCAAAGUCAAACCCGAAAAAUGUUGCUUCCCCCUUGACUUUCCUUUGA